AAUAAAUGCCAUCACCAGAAUUGAAACGCUAUUAUUUUAUGUAAACUAAAUAUGGCAUUGGUGCGAAAAUGUCUCCACAGUGGGCUCAGACUGGCACAUUAACACACACAGUUAUGUUGUAUGUACUUCAAACUGUACCUGACAGUUUGUAAACUGUCUUUAUUCUUGGGGGCAUAUUUUCACCUGAAACCCACAGAGAAGCGUCUGAUCCCCGACAGUGACUUUGGGACAAAUAUGAAACCUGAGGUUUAGACUGAAGCAGCUGCCGACACCAGCUGUGUCACACCAGUUGUUUCCUCAUUUGGUUCUGCACCGCUACAUGAGUUCUGCGAUUCUAGUAUCACAACACACUACAACACUGUAUUUCAUGAAACCGUAUUCACAUUUAAAACAUACAUUUUAAUUCUUAAAGUACAAUAUUUAAUAAUUAGAAAAGAACAAUUGAGGUUGGUUGAAAUGCAGAAAAAAAAUAUUUUUUUUACAUACAUCCAAAUACGUCACUUAGAAGGAGUAUUACGGUGGGUUUCUUUCUUUCUUUCUUUCUUUGGGGUGUGUGGGGGGUAUGAAAAAGAUCAAAAGGUGUCCUUUAAUUGUCUGUCUCUCCUCUUCGCUGUCCUCCAUACAUGGGCUGCAGGGACACAGGGUUUCCCCUUCCCUCGUCAUGCCAUUCAUGGAGUGGCUGUUGUCGACAGAGCAAUGAGUAACCAAAUAUGGAGGGUGGACUCACAGCUCUGCCCCACGUCUUACACACUUACACACGGGGUAUAAAUUGGACCAAGGUGGCGUUUCUGCACUACUGGAAUACACACUCAAGACUCAGUGCCUGGUGCUGAACUGAGCUGACACCAUGUGCGACGACGAAGAAACCACUGCCCUCGUGUGCGACAACGGCUCCGGUCUGGUCAAGGCUGGCUUCGCGGGAGACGACGCGCCCCGCGCCGUGUUUCCGUCCAUCGUUGGUCGCCCACGUCACCAGGGCGUCAUGGUUGGUAUGGGUCAGAAAGACUCUUACGUCGGCGAUGAGGCCCAGAGCAAAAGGGGCAUCCUGACCCUGAAAUAUCCCAUCGAGCACGGCAUCAUCACCAACUGGGAUGACAUGGAGAAGAUCUGGCACCACACAUUCUACAACGAGCUGCGUGUGGCUCCUGAGGAGCAUCCGACAUUGCUGACCGAGGCUCCUCUGAACCCCAAGGCCAACAGGGAAAAGAUGACACAGAUCAUGUUUGAGACUUUCAACGUCCCUGCCAUGUACGUGGCCAUCCAGGCAGUGCUGUCCCUGUACGCCUCUGGUCGUACCACAGGUAUCGUGUUGGAUUCGGGGGACGGUGUGACCCACAACGUGCCCAUUUAUGAAGGUUAUGCUCUGCCUCACGCCAUCAUGCGUCUGGAUUUGGCUGGUCGUGACCUAACAGAUUAUCUCAUGAAGAUCCUGACUGAACGUGGUUACUCCUUUGUCACAACUGCCGAGCGGGAGAUUGUGCGUGACAUCAAGGAAAAGCUGUGCUACGUGGCUCUGGACUUUGAGAACGAGAUGGCCACCGCUGCUUCCUCCUCCUCCCGGGAGAAGAGCUACGAGUUGCCUGAUGGUCAGGUCAUCACCAUCGGCAAUGAGCGUUUCCGCUGCCCGGAGACACUGUUCCAGCCUUCGUUCAUUGGCAUGGAGUCAGCUGGCAUCCAUGAGACCACCUACAACAGCAUCAUGAAGUGUGACAUUGACAUCCGCAAAGAUCUGUACGCCAACAACGUCACGUCUGGCGGCACCACCAUGUACCCUGGUAUCGCUGAUCGCAUGCAGAAAGAGAUCACAGCCCUGGCUCCCAGCACCAUGAAGAUUAAGAUCAUCGCCCCACCUGAGAGAAAAUACUCUGUCUGGAUUGGAGGCUCCAUCCUGGCCUCUCUAUCCACCUUCCAGCAGAUGUGGAUCAGCAAACAGGAGUACGAUGAGGCCGGACCCUCCAUCGUCCACAGGAAGUGUUUCUAAGCAGCGGGCGACUCCUGUCUGACCCAGAGUACCUCGUUACUACUGAACUCUCUCUGGCCAAAACUUAACACACAACCAAAAAGAUGAGAGGUGUCAGUUUCUGGAGACAAAGGAGUCAAAAAUAAAACUUUAGAGAUUAUUUCUGUGCAGCUAGCUUGACCCAGAUCAGGCUAACAGUUAGGCUUAAGUAAGUCUGGUUCAGUCAGUGUCACUCCGAUCACAGUCUGAAGUGGUUUAUGACCAUUUCAGGUUCUACUUUUUCAUAAUAAAAAAAUAAAAUACCAUGUUUAGGAAGAAAUAUUAGGAACAGCAAUGAAUAAAUAAUAAAACAUAAAAAAAUACUCAAAAUUCUGACCAUCGGUCCAUUCCAGUAUUAUCACUAUACUAAUUGUUCAUGUGAAAUAUGGUUUUAGAAUGGUAAUAUUUGAGGUUUUAGAUGACCACGUUUUAUCCUUACACUUAUUCAGGAUACAUCACAUAAAUUAUUACACAGUGACGCAGCCUAAUGGAGUUCAGUUAGAAUCAAAUUCUAAUUAUGUAUGUCCUUAAGGUUAAAGGCCACAGGUGAGUCAGUCUGACAGGGAGGCUGAGGCUGUGGCUCCACUUUAGUUCCUGGAACUGUUCUUUUUUAUAUGAAUGAUGAAAAUGUUUUGGUUUUUUUUUGCAAUGUCUGUUUCCCCCUGUAAAAUAAAUGAUGAAAGGUGUACUUAUUUAUUUAUUUUCCAAUUCCAAUUUCCCAAAGUCAUCCUUUAACGUGCUUGAGU